UCUCUUGUGUGGAUUUGUGAUUUUGUUUUAUUUUUAUUUUUUGAAAAGAGCUGAAUGAUUGAACAUAUAAACAUAGAAUUUCAUCUUCUUCUUCUUCCAUUUUUUUGUCACUUAGAUGAAGCUAUCAGUUAUGCAACACAAGAACAAGAAGGGUUUAUUUUAGUGUGUUUGUAAGAUGCUAACCUAAUAGUGAUUUAUAAUUGUAGUGCGUAAUAUUCCACUGAAAUGUGGUGACUCCUGUAUUGUGAUAAUGAUUUUUUGUGGUCUUUGACUGGGUUAACAAGUGAUAUUCAAUUGAGAUAUGGUGGCUCUUCAUCUGUAUUGUGAUAAUGUUUUUUGUGAUCUUUGACUGGGUUGAUAAGUGAUUAACUUCCCACUGCCUAGAGGUUAUAGUUUGAAUGCAAGUAACACCAAAAAUAAGGUGAAGAGAAAAUUUAGGGAACCAACAUUUCAGUUUCUUUCUUUAAUAUAUAUUAUAAAUUUAAAUUUUGCUUUUUUCUAGUAGGCAAAAUAGUCUAGACUUUUUAAGUGCUGUUUCAUAAACCUGUUGGUUUACCUUAAGACAGGUUUGAUCAGAGCAUUGUUAGUGCAGUAGGAACAGUUGAGUUGUGGAUGCAUAAUAACGGAGCCCAUCUAUGCUGCUAUAGUUAACCUAGGCAUAUUUUAAAGACCUUGCAGAGUGUAUAGGCAGUUUCAGUGAAGAUUUAUGCUAACUUUUGUUUCCUUACUUUUUAAAAAAUCUGAUAUUAAAUAUUUUUCACUUCUACAAUUCCAGUUGCCGUGAUUGCUGUGGAAAUAACUCUUGCAUCCAUUUAUUUUUUUGUUCUGAUUUUCAUCUUCUCUUUUAAUAUUAUUUUUGGGUAAAAUAUUAAAAUCAUCCUUGUUCUGAUUUUCACUCAUGUCUCAAUUUAGCCCCUAAUUUUUUUUGAAGCAAUGUUACUCCUAAACAAUGCCCAAACGUCAAAUAGGUCCUUGUACUAAGAUUUUUUGUCAGAAUUUGAUGGAAAAACUUAUAGGACAAUCACAUAUACAUUUGUAUGAGCUUUAUAUGAUAUGUUUAUUUGUGUCUAAUUUGUUUAUGUGCUUGUCACAUGAUUUUCUUCAUCAAUUUUUUGUGAAAAUCUUAACAAAAGGACUUGUUUGACAUUAGGGUAUAGCGUAUAGUUGACAUUGACAUUGCCUAAAAAAACAAAAGCUUGUGUCGCUAAAUUAAGACAUGGGUAAAAGUAUAAGGCUGACUUUUAUUAUUUACCCAUAUUUUUUUUCCAACCCUAAUGACAAAUUAAUAAGGAACUGUUUAAAUGUGUUUUUCUAAUCUUUCAAACUGAGGCCUUAUGUACCAACUCCCCACAGUGAAAGCCCUUUAACAUUAUAGCUUCUCACAUUCUCUUCUUUCUUGUCCUUGAUUUAUUGACUUCCCUCUAUUGGCUCUUGUCAUAUGCUUGGAGUUGUGUUCAGAGUUGGAAUAUUGUAUACUAAGGAGUGGCAAGUAUGGGUCGUGGUGUUAGUAGUGGUGGAGGACAGAGUUCAUUGAGUUACCUGUUUGGGAGUGGAGAGGCACCAAGACCAGUGUCAAACAAUGCCCCAGCUCCUCCAAUUGAAGGGCAUGCUGCAAAUAAUGGACCAUCCUCCAGACCCACUGCUGCUGCUCAACCAAUAGAUGUUACUAAACAGGUUCCAACGAGUAUCCAUAGUAACACCACAAAUAACUACUUCCGGGCAGAUGGUCAGAACACUGGCAACUUCAUCACGGAUCGGCCUUCAACCAAAGUCCAUGCUGCUCCAGGUGGUGGAUCAUCCUUGGGCUACCUCUUUGGCGGCGGUGGUAACUGAGAUAUGCUUCAUAUGUUUGUGGUAGGAGUACUGCUAUCAAUUUCUCUGGAGUCUGUUGGAUCUUCCAUAAGCAAUGGAAAUUUGGUUGAUCAUGCAAUGUUAUAUAUAGAUGGGGUGCGUCUUGCUGGAAUUAUUCAACUGAGAUUGCUUUAUCAUAGAUGUGUAAGAACCUGUUAUUACAAGAUCAGUGACAACAAAAACAACCAUAUUCUUGAAUGCUGUCUUUUUUUUUUUUUAUCUAAUAUUUAUGAUGAAUUCGUUUU